AUGACUUCUGCACAACCGAGCAACGAGAAUCUGGCAUCGUUGGUAGAACUCGCCAGCCAACGUUCAGAUUUCUCAGGAAAACGUGUUAAGGUUAUCCAGUACGAAGAUGAGGAUAAAGAUGUAUGCGUAAGAUACUACGACGAAGAUAACAAAGAUGAGGAAGCAGCAGGAUAUAAUUAUCAUGAUUUUAGCCAUCAUACCUGGUAUGACUACACACGCACCAGGGAACCAGUCCCAGCUCCCAUUGAAAAACGAGAAUGUGAUGAUAUAUUCAUAUGUCUACCCUUCUACUACGGCUUCAAAAGGAGCCUAGUCAAGUGCAGCAACGGGAUAACAGCAGGUUGGGGUUUUAAUGCACCAAAGGAAAAUUUUAAAUACUACCUCACAGAAGUCAUUAAUGGACUACUAUGUGGAAUGACCAUGUUACCAGAAAUUAUUAGUUUCAGCUUCCUAGCAGGAGUACCGCCACAUGUCGCACUUCAUGGAACAUGGAUUGUAUGUAUUUGUGCGGCUGUAUUCGGUGGAUCACCAGGAAUUAUGAGCGGCCUCUCAGGAGCACUUGCCGCGGUGGCUGGUAAAUAUGCACUCUCAGGUGAUGGUAUACCUUCAGAUCAAGUACAACUACACCUAUGGACGAUGCUAUUUGCCAUGUUCCUAGCAGGUGUCCUGCUUGUAUGCUGCUCGUUCUUCCACCUUGCCAGUAUCAGCCAAUUCUUAAGCACAUCAGUUAUCAUAGGGUACAGUAAUGGACUUGCGAUUGUUAUUGCAAGGGCACAACUACAUGGAUUUCAAGACCCUAAAACACAUGAGUAUAUGGUAGGCACAAGGUUGUUUGUCGCAAUAUCGUACUGUGUAAUCGCAUUCGCACUCAUGCAGUUUACAGAAAAAAUACCAAAGGUGGGAAAGUACUUGCCACCCGCGCUGCUUGCCGUAGGGGUAGUAGUGUUCAUAGACCUGGCUAUUGUAAAGCAAGUCGCACCUGAUCUCAAAAUCACAACUAUCGGGGAUGUGGCGUGCCUCACCACGGAGACUGCGCUACCAGUAUUUUCAUGGAACCAUUGGAACACCAUUACAAAUAUCACAUUCAACAGUUCAUUUGUUUGGCAAGUAUUCAUACUCGCCGGAAGCAUAGUAAUGGAGGCACUCAUGGUUAACGAUAUCAUCAAAACGCUCAGUGGAACAGACCCUAAUUCAAACCAACAGCUUUUCGGACUUGGUAUCGGAAACAUGGUCAGCACUUUGCUAGGUUCUGCCGGCGGCAGUUCCAUGGUUGGAAUUUCAAUUAUGAACCUUAAGGCAGGGUCGAAGGGUAAAGAGUCAAGUAUUGCAGCAGCUUUGUUCAUUUUUGUUAUGCUCGCUGGAGGGUUCCCGCUGUUGAACUAUAUACCCAUUCCAAGCCUUUGUGGAAUUAUGUUCUGUGUCUUCUGCCACUGCUUCAAGUGGUUCAGUUUGCCCAUGUGCAUAGUUACGUUCAUGCCACAGGCGAUACGUAAUAUGCACCCAAAGCUCAAAAUGAAAAUCACACGGUCAGAUGCAAUCAUCAUAGUGACUGUUACCAUCAUGUGUAAUGUAGUCGUGAUACCUAUAGCUAUCAUGGCUGGAGUUGUACUCGCUGCAUUCGCCUAUGUGUGGGAGUCUAAAUCGAGAUUCAAGGUUGAAAUAUACAUGGACAAUGAGACGAACAUUAAGUACUAUGAAAUUGAAGGGAACAUCUUCUAUGCCAGCAAACGCAUGCUCACACGUGUGUUCACGCCGGACGAAGACCCACCAACCACGGUCAUUGUUCUCCUGGCAUCCACUACGCUGUUCGACUACACCGCCAUAGAAACACUCAAUUCACUCAAGGCAGAAUAUGCCUCGUACAACAAAACGUUGCUCAUCAAGGGACUCAGCCACGGUUGUAUCAAGAAAGUCGCAAAGAUGAAUCACCUAUGCAGACACAUGGAACACGAUCUUGUCGGUAUAGAAACGCCCAACCUACCGACGCUAUACUCGAGAUUUACAAGACUAAGGGCGAAACUACAGAUGAUUGCCGCAAGACAAGGUGAUAGUGCUGAGUUGCAGGAAGACAAACAAGUUAACAAAUCUGAAGAUCAUGUUGUAAAUGUCCACGAAACAACCUCGAAUGACGGGGAAGAAAUGUCCACACAAAUGGCGCCGAAGGACGCCGUGUGA